AUGGAAGUUUGGGACACUGAACUGGAACGCACAGCAGAGGAGUGGGCCGAGACGUGUCUUUGGGAACAUGGCCCCGCUGGUCUACUGCCUCAGAUUGGACAGAACCUGGGCGCUCACUGGGGAAGAUAUCAGCCUCCUACGUUCCAUGUGCAGGCGUGGUAUGAUGAAGUGAAGGACUACUCUUACCCCUAUCCCCAAGAGUGUAACCCCUACUGCCCCUUCAGGUGCUCCGGGGCAGUCUGCACACACUACACACAGCUCGUGUGGGCCACCAGCAGCCGGGUGGGUUGUGCUAUCAACAUGUGUUACAAUAUGAAUGUCUGGGGGCAGAUUUGGGCCAAGGCUGUCUAUCUGGUCUGCAACUACUCCCCAAAGGGGAACUGGUGGGGUCAUGCUCCGUACAAACAUGGAAGCCCGUGUUCGGCCUGUCCUCCCAGUUACGGUGGUGGGUGCAAGGACAACCAGUGUUACAAAGACGACAGCUACAACCCUUACCAAGAGGAAACAGAAGAAACCAACUUCAUUGAACCUGAGGCCCCUCGAGCUCGUCCACGCGCCCCCAAACCAGACCCCCCCAGUGCCCCCGCCCCGCCUCCCACACGGCCCCCUACAGAGGUCCUGCACAGGAAUGAGGUGGUCAACACGCAGCAGAUGUCUCAGCUCGUCUCCUGUGACACAAGGUUGAGAGACCAGUGUAAAGGCACGACAUGCAACAGAUAUGAAUGUCCAGCUGGCUGCUUGGACGGCACUGGGAAAGUGGUGGGCACGGUGUACUAUGAAAUGCAAUCCAGUGUCUGCAGAGCGGGCCUACACGCUGGUGUCAUAGAUAAUGAUGGGGGAUGGAUUGACGUGAGCAGACAAGGAAGGAAAGACUAUUUUAUCAAAUCCUUCAAGAAUGGGGUGCAAUCAUUAGGGAAGUACCAAAGUGCCAAUUCAUUCACUGUAUCCAAAGUGACAGUCCAAGCCAUUACAUGUGAAACAACAGUUGCAGUGCUCUGUCCAUAUGAGAAACCGGCAAGGCACUGCCCAAGAUUAUACUGCCCAAGAAACUGUUUGGAAGAGAGCGCGCACAUAUCCAGAGUGAUAGGAACGAGGAUAUACUCUGAUAGGUCCAGUAUUUGCCGAUCUGCGGUUCACGCGGGAGUCCUGCGCAACGACGCGGGCGGCUACAUCGACGUGAUGCCCGUGGAUAAGAGGAAACACUACGUCGCCUCGUAUCAAAACGGAAUCUCCUCAGAAAGUCUGCACAAUCCUCCGGGGGGAAAGGCGUUCCGUUUGUUCGCCGUCAUCUGA